AUGUAUUUAUCCAGACUUGAACAAUUACCCGAUGAGAUUCUACUUGAUAUUUGUACUUAUUUAAGACCAUUUGAUGUUAUUAAUAGUUUUGGUCGAUUAAAUAAUCGUUUAGAAUUAACUAUAAGUCAAUAUCGACGUGAUGCUGAUCUUCAUCAUUUAACAUUAAAUCAAUUUCAACGAUGGAGUAAUCAUUUAUUAUAUUAUACAGCAGACUCUAUUGUAAAUUUAGUUGUAAGUAAUUGGAAUUCUCCAGGACAAAUCUAUCUUUUUAAUCAAUUAAUGAAAAAUUAUCAUUCUCUUAAUCAAUUAUUACCAAAUAUAAAACAACUUCGAUUAAUUGAUUUUACAAAUAAUGACAUUGAUAUUCUUUCAAAACUUGAUAAAAUUGAGAAAAUAUUUAUUGAUGCUGAUGCAUUAGUACCGUUAUCAUAUUCAACACAUAUUCUAUUGGAUAAAUAUCUUUUUUGUUCAUCAUAUUAUUUUAAAGAAAUACGUUUAUGGGGUGUUGAAGGUGGAAUUCGAUUACAACAUGAUAUUAAAAUUUCAGAAAAUUUAUAUCUUGAACGAUUAACAAUAAGUGUUGCUUUAUUAGAUGAUCUUAUAUUAGUAUUUCGACGUUCACCAAAUCUUCGUAGUUUAAAUGUUGAAAUAACUCAACAACCUGUAAAAGACCUUCGACAAAAUGCAACUGUAGAUAUGUUACCUAAACAUUUAACAUUUUUUCAUUUUCAAACAACAAAUCAAAGUGUUCUUUCAUGUGAAGAUUUAGAUAAACUUGUUAGUAACAUACCAACAAUUGAACUACUUUCAUUAGAUAUGGAUACAAAUGAUGUUGAUUAUACAGUUGGAUAUAAUUGGAAAAAUAUGUUAUCAUGUUUAUCGAAUUUAAAACAUGUUUAUUUUAAAUUACGAAUUUGGUUAAAAACAGAUAUGAUGCCUAUUAAUAUUGAUUCAAUAAUAGAAUCAUUUCAACAAACAAAUUUACCUAUAUGUUGUUAUAUUGAUGCUAAAACAUUACAUAUUGAUACUGUACCAUAUAAUAUGAUACAAUUUGAUACAAAUAUGAGUGUAACAACAUCACCGAAAGCUAAAUUAGCUAAAACAACAAAUACAAAAUUAUUUAAUCAACGAUCUCGACGUGUUCAAACACUUAUUGUUGAUGGACAACAUGAUUCAACAUCAGUCAAUGAUUGGUUAUCUGUAAUUGAUCGAUUUCCUGGUAUUGAAAUACUUCAACUUAAUUCAGUAAAUAUACGAGAAAAUGAUGAUAAUAAUAUGAAAAUUAAUGAUAAAACAUUUCAAUUACCACAUCUUGGUUAUUUACAUUAUAUUCGUUCAACAAGUUGUAAAGUAAAUGUACCUUUUUUUAUGUUUCUUGCAAAUAAUACAAUAGUUAGUCCACAAUUAAAAGCUUUAUCAAUGAUGUAUGGUGAUUUAAUUUAUUUAUGUAAACGAUUACCUGAUUGUAGUCUUGUACGAGUCAAAGAACUUUGGUUAUAUGGAGGUGAUGCUGAUGGUCAUGUUAUUUUAAAAGAUAUUGAUCUUUUACUUAAAACAUUUCCUUGUUUAUAUCAUUUUUUCUUUAAUAAUCAAUCAAGUCGAUUUAUUAAUCGUCAUCUUGAACCAAUUAUUGAAUUAAUUCUACGUUCAUCACCUGAAUUAAUAAGUUUUCGAAUCUCAUGUAAUAAAAGUUCGUUGAAAUUCUCAUCAUUUACCGAUGAUGAAGCUUGUAAAAUUUGGAUUAAACAAAUAUGUGGUCUCAUUAAACAUGAACAAAUUCAUGUGACAAUAAAUAAAAAAUUGUUAUCAAUUUGGAAAUGA